CGUAUCGUGCCUCUAACCUUAUUUUGUCGACUAGAACCUUAGUUUGAUAAGAAAAUUCACUAAAAAUUAUAUAGGCCUAGGACUAAUUUAAUUUUUUGAAAUUGUGAUAUAAUUUGCAUCGCAAUGUACUUGAAUAUAUUUUAAAGUAAGGAAGUUUUUAAGGUAAGUUAGGUCUAGUGACACAAUGGAGAUAACAGCUUUGUUUAAAGCCUGUGUAAAGACAGUACACACCCGCAACAAGGCUCUUGGUCUGAUUCUACCGGAGUUGGACAAGAAUAGAAUUCUCACGACUAAGAUAAAAAACAGUGAGUUUACCGUGAAAGCAAAGGAUGUGCUCAGUCAGAUAACCAGGUUGAGAGAUUUCCUCUUGGAACAUAGGAAAGCGUACUUGAACUUCUCCAAUCACCUCUCGACGAUUCCUAAAAUGAGUGAUUCGGAGCGAGAUAUAAUCGACACAGGUGCUCAGCGUAUUGUAAAAACAUGUUCCAAUGCCAUUUUAGAAAUGAAGCGAGAUCCAACUUUGCAUGAUGGGCCUUUGCAGCUUGUCGAUCAUCAGAAUGCGAUUGUCGACUUGUUGGAAGCGUAUCUCAAAACUGUUAGCAAGAUAUAUUACGACCAAAAAAGUGUUAGAGUGAAGAGAAAUAUGGAAGCGCAAAAAAUGGCAAGGUUAGAGUCAGACGUAAUCAAUAACAGUCUCAUUAACAGUGUUCAAAGUCCAUCAAAGAGUGAGCUAACUACAACUGGUGAGGACAUUGUUGUGAAGGACACUAAUGUUAGGCCUUCGAGUUUGACAGUGGAGCCUCCAGUGGUCAGUUCUCUUACGCAAGAGGACGAACUGUCACCUGAGGAGAUGCAGAUGUUUGAAAGAGAGAAUGAAGAACUGUAUAACGAUCUGAACAGCCUUACUAGUGAUGUUAGACAAAUAGAAACUAAAGUCGUGAAAAUCGCUGAGCUUCAGGAAGUAUUUGCAGAGAAGGUUCUUGAGCAAGAUAAGGACAUAGAAAGGAUAUUCGGCACUGUCGUCGGCACAACGGAGAAUCUCAGGGACGCCAACACGCAAAUACGACAAGCAAUACAAAGUAACGCAAGUCUUCGGUUCUACGUUAUCUUCUUCUUAUUAGUGAUGUCAUUGACACUGCUGUUCCUUGAUUGGUAUAAUGACUGACACCGAAACUGCCAACCUAGAGUUUAUUUUUAACACCUCAUUAAAGGUUCACAUGUUCGGUGUUUGUCACACGUGGAUUAUGGAACGUUGAACGAUAUUUGACUGUAAAACUUACAGAUUGAUACAACAAUGUGAUUUAGCAGUACAAUUUAAGUGAAUACAUCUAAUUUGUAAACAUUUGGCUGUUUUAUGUUAGUUAGGUUAAUAAUUUUUCACUGAAUUCAAUUAGCCUAUAGUUAAUAAUCAAUAUCUUACAAAAAAUUACAGAAAUUUUGUGUUGGAAGUGCAGUUUGGGUUCCUGUUGAGUACAUUCACUGUACAAUUUUAAUCCUAAAUGCUUUUAAGUUUAAAUCCUAAACACUUUAAAAUAUGUUAAUCCUUGUAACUUUAUUUGAAAUAUUUUACAGAGAACUACAUUUUAUUAUGUAGGAUGUAAUACAAUAGUUCGUAUACUAAAACUAUUUUUUAGAUUCAAAUACCGUACUUAACAGCCAGUGCCAACAUAAAAGUUAUCUCCAAUUACUCCUUUGAUAAACUAACUAAAGUUUACUCCACCACGGUGAAAAUUCUUCAACUAAAUUGUUAUAAACAUUCAAGAAA